AGAGAGAGAGACAGACACAUAUAGACACAGAUAAAGAGUGUGUGAUGCUCUUAGUCUCGUGUGGAAUAAUCAAGGAAGCAGCUCAGAAAAGGAACACAGAAACUCCUGAAGUGCUUUAUUUUUGGACGACUACCUCUUUAAUUUGACUUUUCACCCCCCUCUGUUAAGCAGAUCCCAACCUUUUUUGUUUUCUUUGAACUUUUUCUUUCUAAUUUCUUUCCUCUGUCUCAAUCCCACCUUCUCCUUCAGUAGUCUGCAUCCUUGCUCCACCUGCUGUGUCCACACUUUUCUAUUUCUUCCGAAGUGGUGGCGGCUGUUGGCUCUGUGCUGGUUCUAGAUGGCUGAAUAAGUGGUAAAAAGGUGGGGGGGGGCUUGCUCUGGUGGUUUUGCUGCCGGGGGUUUGCGAAGUUGCAGUUAGGACCAGGACAAGCAGGAGGAGGAGGUGGUGGAGGAGGAUGGCGGUGGCUCUGGACGAAGUGUGGGGGCGGGUGAAGAAUGUCUGCAAGCAGAACGGACUACUCAUCCUGUCUGUGCUGGCCGUGGUCAUUGGCUGCCUGCUGGGCUUCUUCCUCAGAGGCAAGCAGCUCUCUGAGCAGGAGGUGAAGUACUUCCAGUUUCCCGGAGAGCUGCUGAUGAGGAUGUUGAAAAUGUUAAUUUUGCCCCUUGUCGUAUCCAGUUUGAUGUCAGGUCUGGCUGCCUUGGACGCCAAGUGCUCCAGCCGCCUGGGCAUCAUGACCAUCUCCUACUACCUCUGGACCACGUUUGUUGCAGUGGUAGUGGGCAUUCUCAUGGUAUACAUCAUCCACCCGGGUGGAGCUGCUCAAAAGGAGGACUCUGACGAGAGCAAGAAGCCAAUGACCAGCUCUGCUGACGCUCUGCUGGAUCUCAUCCGCAACAUGUUUCCAGCCAACCUGGUUCAAGCCACUUUUCAACAGUAUCGAACCCAGAGAGUCCCUGAGCUCAUCCCCAAACCAACGGUGGCUCAGCUCCUGGAUGAGACCACUACGCGCAGGGUCUACAUCUACGGCAUCCAGGAUGACAAUGGCACAGAUGUCCAGAAUUUCUCCCUGGAUCUUACGCCGCCACCUGAUGUCAUCAUGAAAACAUCACCUGGUACCAGCGAAGGCAUGAACGUGCUGGGGAUUGUAAUUUUUUCUGCUACCAUGGGAAUAAUGUUAGGAAGAAUGGGACCCAAUGGAAGUGCUUUGGUCAACUUCUGCCAAAGUGUGAAUGAGGCAGUUUUGAAGAUUGUUGCCAUUGUCAUCUGGUAUUUCCCCUUUGGGAUCGUGUUUCUGGUUGCCGGUAAGAUCUUGGAGAUGGACGACCCUUCAGCCAUGGGGAAGAAGCUGGGUUUUUACGCCAUAACGGUGGUAAUGGGCUUAGUGCUACACGGCCUAUUCAUCCUCCCGGCCAUGUACUUUUUCAUCACUAAGAAGAGCCCUAUCGUUUACAUCAGAGGCAUUCUGCAGGCCCUGCUCAUCUCCUUGGCCACCUCCUCCAGCUCUGCCACUCUGCCUAUCACCUUCAAGUGCCUCCUUGAGAACAACCACAUCGACAGACGCAUCAUCCGCUUCGUGCUGCCUGUCGGGGCCACCAUCAAUAUGGACGGCACCGCACUCUACGAGGCCGUGGCAGCCAUCUUCAUCGCCCAAGUGAAUAAUUAUGAGCUUGACUUUGGACAGAUCAUCACAAUCAGCAUCACUGCCACUGCAGCCAGUAUCGGUGCAGCAGGAAUCCCACAGGCUGGACUCGUAACCAUGGUGAUCGUGCUGACCUCUGUGGGUCUGCCCACUGAUGACAUCACUCUCAUCAUUGCUGUUGAUUGGGCUUUGGAUCGAUUCAGGACCAUGGUCAAUGUGAUGGGUGAUGCACUGGCCACAGGCAUUAUGGCUCAUAUCUGCAGAAAAGAUUUUGUCAAAGAAGGGGAGCAGGUGCCUCUGAUCUGUGAAACUAAGCCCAUGAUAAGCAUCCAGCAGAUGAUGACCUACCAGAACCAGAAGAAUGGCUGCUAUCAGCCGCCUCCACCAGGCAGCAAGCAGGGCCACCUCUCCCCGGACGUGGCUCGCCUGAUGCAGCUGGAGGAGGGUAUCCGGCCGCUAGAGAGGAAGAAACACGCUCACUCCUCUCACCACAAGAGGGAGCACAGGGACAAGGACCACUGUUCUGUUGAUAUGAACGGGCUGGAGACUAAUGUAUAGAAGCAGCUGCCCUACUAACAGCUACUGGCACGUCUACAGCUGCGGGAGAGGAGGACAAAUUAAAGAUUGAGGUGACUCACUUUUUCCCCUCCGAGAAGGAGAGCAGCCCAGGGUGGAUGAAUGUAGAUGACCCUGGGAAAAAAACAAGACAAUUUAUCUUUUUCUACAUAACCUAAAUAAUGAUCUGCAUUUGACUGUGUAUGUUUGUGUGUGUGUGUGUGUGUGUGUGUGUGUACAUAUAUGACAGUGUGCUGCUCUAGCUGAAGGACAUUUCAAACCGGAGAGCUGAUGCCCAUCUCAAAGGAGCGGAAAUAGCGAACACAAUAGCAGAUAUAAUUAAAGGAACCUAUCCCUUUGUGGACUGUGGGGGGGGGGGGGGGGGGCAGAAAUCAUCUCUUUUUAUUCAUUGUGAUCUGGUUCGGUAUGAUUUUAGCAUAAUAUUGGUUGGGGUUUUUGUAUAUUUCUUUUUUUUUUGUGUGUGUCAUUCUGCUCUGUAUAAUAAAACUAAAAAUGUUGCCUGAGCAUUCUUCCAAUAAAUUCACUGAUGCAGUAACUUGCACAACAAAGAGACAAAGAAACCUUUACUUUAACACAUGCAACAGUUUGGUUCACAUUCAGGAAAAAAAAUUGUAAAAUAGGCUAAAAAUAAAAAGGGAUUAUUUACAAUUCCCCAAAUGUUCGCAGCUACACCUUUACCUACACUUCUCUGCCUUGUUGUCCUGAGUCCAAGUGAGUACUCUGCCUCAAACCUGCAGUACUGUACAGUUAUUGCCAGAAUCAAGACAAAAAGAUGAUGAGGGUCACAAUGAAAACAAAGAUGAGUGUUUGCCCUUGUGUUGAAGUCAUGUUAAGUUUUCUUUGCACCCUAUUGUAUUUCCUCUUUGCCUUAAACGACCAAAGGAGAAGCAUGCGGGACCAGUGCGCUACUGACAUACAUACAACAAGUUGACAAUCACAGAUCAAAAUCGGAACUCUUUCCAUAUGUAUGCGAUAUAUGCUGUACAUGUAUUUCAAAAGUUUAAAACAUGUAGAAUUUACUAUCAUGUCAGUAUGUUUCAAGAUCUGCUAUUCUGUAUUUGUAAAAAGAAACAUUUCAAUGUAGUCCAAAAUUUAUAAAAAUGUAUCAACUGUAAAAA